ACACUGGGCGGGCCAAUUAAAUAGCAGGCGUGGACUUGUGUGAAUUCUGACAAGCAGACGUGCAGGUGCCGUGUUAGGCGAGUGAAGACGCUGCAGCCACAUCCGAACAUCCAACAGCCAUGGGAGCGGCUCUCUGCGCGACUACGGAGGUAAUGGAGCCGAGAAGCGAGAGGCGUGUGUCUCAAGUUCAGACUCAAGCUCAAGUUCGUAUGGACAGCUGGAUGAGUCACAUGCCGCCAGCCCUGCAGGACAUCCCGCUCAACCUCUUGGCCAUUCCAGGCAGCCACAAUGCAAUCACGUACAACCUGGACAAACAAGGCAAAUCUGCCGUCGACCCGAGCCAGCCUGACUUGCUGAAGAAGGCGGACAAAUACACCAGCGGCCUCAUUCGACCCUUAAUGCACAAGUGGUGUGAAACCCAGAAUCUCACGGUGACACAACAGCUGAACAUCGGCAUCCGCUAUUGCGACCUGCGAAUCGGGCACAGGCCCAAGGACAACUCGUCCAACCUCUACUUCUACCACGGCUUAUACAGCAAAGUUACAGUGGAGGAGAUUCUGGUCGAGAUUCGCAGGUGGUUGGACAACCACCCUCACGAGGUGGUCAUCCUGUCCUUCAGCCACUUUUUGGACAUCGACAACAACCGACACAUCCGGCUGGUCAACACCAUCCGAAAGAUCUUCUCAGGCAAACUCUGUCCCAGAACGGAAAUGCCAACACUUCGGAAGAUGUGGCAGUCAGGCCAACAGGUGAUCGUGUCGUACGAAGAGCACGCCUUCGUUAACCGCAAUACUGACCUUUGGCCACACAUUCCGUACUGGUGGGCCAACAAGGUCAAGGCACGGGACCUGAUUAAGAGCUUAGAGAACCACAAGAGCGGUGGCAGACCGAGAGGUUUUUUCGCCGCUGGGAUCAACUUGACAGUAGACCUGCCGUACAUCACCAAGCAUCUGCACAAAUCUCUCAAAGACCUGGUGAAGGCCUCCAACCCAGCGGUGCUUGCGUGGGUGAAGCGGCAGAGCCCCGGCAACCAUCAGCGCGGGAUCAACAUCGUGGCGGCGGAUUUUGUCGGCGACGGACACUUUGCGCAAACCGUCGUGUUGCUUAACCGCAAACUACUGAAUUAGGAGCACGCGUCUGAGCACAGGCCUCAAAAAACGAACCAAAAAAACAAAAACUGUGUCCCGCACACACUAAACUAAUACAUAGAAUAAAAUAAAGCCUAUCCGCCAACAAGGUUGAGAAAAAAAGUUAGGGAAAAGUUUUUAUUUUAUACGAAUAUUGUCAGUGAAAAAAUAUUUGCUUGUAUGACUGGUUUAAGGGACUGCAAUGUGAUUAAAAUUGUAUUUUACAUGGGUGCAAAAAUUA